ACCACCCUGUUGACCUCUGUUGACCAUCAACCUCUUCCUCACAUCGAAAAACUGCACACCCACCCACAAAACCAUCACACCCUCACCAGAACAAAAGAAAAAACAGCUGGUCAUCGGAACAAUUCUGGUCCUCACGUCGGUCGAUCGUCAGACUAUCGAUCGAGAUCGGCUCAAGACCGAUUCACCGAACAGCCAGCUCGAUCGAACAGGCUAAUCAAACUCAUCACGCCCGACAAAAAAGUAGUAAUCCGAUACUGGCGCUGUCUUGAAGGCCUCCCAUCAUUCACGCAGCUGUCUCGGAUUCAUCCGGUUUCCCAAAGCACGAUCUUCGCGCCAACUUUCAGUUAACUUCACGCCUCUCAGAACAUGGCCCAACCACCGCCUUCUGUUCCUCCCAAUAAUAACAAUCUCAACCAUCCAUUACCCGUACCACCAGCCUCCUCUUCAUCCUCUUUUGUGCCGACUCCACCUCAUCUUGCACCACAUGGACUUCCUGCUCCCCCUCAUCUGGCUGGAAUGCCUCCAGUCUCAUAUCAAGAACCUGCUCAAAUGACCCAGGAAGAGUUGGAUCUCAAAGCUAAGAAGUGGACCCAGUUUCAACAGCGUAAAUAUGGCGAUAAACAAGUCAAGACGAGCUUUGUUGAUACUGGCAAACAAGAAAUGCCACCCGAACAUGUCCGCAAAAUCAUCAAGGACCAUGGUGAUUUGUCAAAUCGCAAGUUCCGGACCGACAAGCGAGUUCACUUGGGUGCUCUCAAAUAUGUUCCACAUGCCGUUAUGAAGCUUCUCGAAAAUAUGCCCAUGCCGUGGGAGCAGGUUCGGGAGGUUCCUGUCAUCUACCACAUCACUGGUGCCAUUACCUUUGUCAAUGAAGUCCCAAAAGUCAUCCCACCUGUCUAUCACGCACAAUGGGCUUCAAUGUGGCUAUCGAUGCGACGAGAAAAGAGAGAUCGACGUCACUUCAAGCGAAUGCGUUUCCCUCCGUUUGACGACGAAGAGCCCCCGCUAGAUUAUGGCGACAACAUUCUUGACACGGAACCACUUGAAGCUAUUCAGAUGGACUUGGACGAAGAAGAAGACGCGCCAGUGUUCGAUUGGUUCUACGAUCACAAACCCCUUGUCAAGAAGUACAAGGGUGUUCAAUACGUCAAUGGCUCGAGCUAUAAGUCCUGGCAGCUUGACUUGGGAAUGAUGAGCACGCUGUAUCGAAUCGGGAGAAAUUUACUUAGUGAUUUCAUCGACAACAACUACUUCUAUCUCUUUGAACCCAAGGCGUUUUUCACCGCGAAGGCCAUGAACAUGGCUAUCCCCGGAGGUGCCCGUUUCGAGCCGUUGCACCGUGAUGCUGAAUCAUACGAUGACGAUUGGAACGAGUUUAACGACAUCAACAAGGUUAUCAUCCGCCAACAGAUCCGGACUGAAUAUCGAGUAGCAUUUCCCCACCUUUACAACUCCAGGCCCCGUAGCGUUCACAUCCCCAAGUACCACGAAGUCAAAAAUCUGUUCAUUAGAGUCGAAGAUCCAGACCUCCCCACUUUUUAUUUUGAUCCUAUCAUCCAUCCAAUCUCUUCCCGCGCUGUGGCUCCACAAAACCAGGGAGUCUCACAUGAGGAGGAAAUCUUCGGUGAUGCAGACGAGGAUGACUUCCAGCUUCCCGACGACCUUGAGCCGUUCCUGGCUGAUAAACCAAUUGCGGAUGAUAACACCACUUCGGCAAUAGCCAUGUGGUGGGCCCCUUAUCCGUACAAUCAUCGCAGCGGAAAAACGAUCAGGACUCUGGAUGUUCCCCUUGUCAAGAAUUGGUACAUGGAGCAUUGUCCCCCAGGAAUGCCCGUGAAAGUUCGAGUCUCAUACCAAAAAUUGUUGAAAAACUACGUUCUGAACGAGUUGCACAAAAGAAAGCCCAAACCUCAAUCGAAAAAGUAUCUAUUCCGGCAGUUGAAGAAUACCAAGUUCUUUCAAACUACUCGGCUGGAUUGGGUCGAGGUAGGAUUGCAAGUUUGUCGGCAAGGUUACAACAUGUUAAAUUUGUUGAUCCACCGUAAAAACCUCAACUACUUGCAUCUCGACUACAACAUGAAUCUAAAGCCUGUUAAGACUCUUACCACCAAGGAACGAAAGAAGUCACGAUUCGGAAAUGCAUUCCAUUUAUGCCGAGAAAUUCUUCGAUUGACUAAAUUGAUAGUCGAUUGUCACGUUCAAUACCGUCUAGGAAAUGUGGAUGCGUUCCAAUUGGCAGAUGGUUUACAGUUCACGUUUGCACAUGUUGGCCAACUGACGGGAAUGUAUCGAUACAAAUACAAAUUGAUGAAGCAAAUCCGACAAUGUAAAGACUUGAAACAUUUGAUCUAUUAUCGUUUCAAUACUGGUGCCGUCGGAAAAGGUCCUGGUGUCGGAUUCUGGGCCCCGGGUUGGAGGGUUUGGUUGUUCUUCAUGCGUGGGAUCGUCCCUCUCUUGGAGCGUUGGCUCGGAAAUUUGCUCGCUAGACAGUUUGAAGGUCGAAAUAGUAAAGGCGUGGCUAAAACAGUGACUAAACAACGUGUUGAAAGUCAUUUCGACUUGGAAUUACGUGCAGCAGUCAUGCAUGAUAUAUUGGACAUGAUGCCGGAAGGAUUGAAACAAAACAAGUCUAAAACCAUCUUGCAGCAUUUGUCAGAGGCCUGGCGAUGUUGGAAGGCGAACAUACCUUGGAAAGUACCCGGGAUGCCCACAGCGGUUGAGAACAUCAUAUUGAGAUAUGUCAAGUCGAAGGCCGAUUGGUGGACAUCCGUCGCGCAUUACAACCGAGAGCGAAUCAAACGUGGAGCAACGGUCGAUAAAACUGUCAGCAAGAAAAACUUGGGCAGAUUGACUCGACUGUACCUCAAGGCGGAGCAAGAAAGACAGAACAGUUAUCUCAAAGAUGGUCCUUAUGUUACUGCUGAAGAGGCCGUAGCCAUCUAUUCGGCUACCGUCCACUGGCUCGAGAGUCGGAAGUUUGCACCGAUUCCGUUCCCCCCGCUGAACUACAAGCACGAUACCAAGCUGCUGGUCUUGGCCCUCGAAAAACUCAAAGAGGCGUAUUCGGUUCAAGGCCGACUCAAUCAAAACCAAAGAGAAGAGCUUGCAUUGAUUGAGCAGGCUUAUGAUAAUCCUCACGAGACCCUUUCCCGAAUCAAAAGGUUGCUCUUGACUCAAAGAGCCUUCAAAGAAGCAGGACUCGAGUUUUUUGAUACAUACGACAAGUUGAUUCCUGUUUAUGACAUCGAACCUAUCGAGAAAAUUACGGACGCAUACUUGGAUCAAUUUCUGUAUUUUGAGGCCGAUAAGCGCGGCUUGUUUCCUGCCUGGAUCAAACCUGCCGAUACUGAGCCGCCUCCGUUACUCGUGUAUAAAUGGUGUCAAGGAAUUAACAACUUGCACGAAGUAUGGGAGACUGCUGAUGGCGAAUGUAACGUGAUGCUCGAAACUCAAUUGUCGAAACCCUACGAAAAGAUGGAUUUAACGUUAUUGAACAGAUUGCUAAGAUUGAUCAUGGAUCACAAUCUGGCUGAUUACAUCACUGCCAAGAAUAACAUCGUUCUGACCUAUAAAGAUAUGAGUCAUGUUAACUCUUAUGGACUGAUCAGAGGGUUACAAUUCUCGAGCUUUGUGUUCCAGUUCUACGGAUUGGUUUUGGAUUUGUUAAUCAUGGGCUUACAACGGGCCAGUGAAAUGGCCGGACCCCCAUCCAUGCCUAACAAUUUCCUUCAAUACCGAGAUACUUCUACCGAGGUUCGACACCCGAUCAGACUCUAUGCUCGAUAUGUCGAUAAGAUUCAUAUCUUAUUCCGGUUUACUGCUGAGGAAUCUCGAGACCUGAUCCAGAGAUUUUUGUCUGCCAAUCCUGAUCCAAACAAUGAAAACAUCAUUGGAUACAACUCUAAACGAUGUUGGCCGCGUGAUUGUCGUAUGAGGUUGAUCAAACACGACGUUAACCUUGGGAGAGCGGUAUUCUGGGAUAUCAAGAAUCGUCUUCCUCGUUCACUCACCACUAUCGAAUGGGUUGAUACAAAUGCUAGUGUCUAUUCUAAGGACAACCCUCAAUUACUCUUCAGUAUGAGCAACUUUGAGGUUCGAAUUCUUCCUAAGAUCCGGAAUGUUGGCGAAGCGUUUACCUUGAAGGAUGGCGUGUGGAACUUGGUCAAUGAAGCGACUAAAGAGAGGACUGCUCAGGCUUAUCUCCGGGUUAGCGAUUAUGGUAUCGAUCAGUUCCAUAAUCGAAUCCGACAAGUCUUGAUGGCUUCUGGAUCAACCACCUUCAGUAAGAUCGUGAACAAGUGGAAUACAGCGAUCAUCGGAUUGAUGACAUACUAUCGAGAAGCGGUAAUCCAUACCAACGAAAUGUUAGAUCUCCUUGUGAAAAGUGAAAACAAGAUUCAAACGCGUGUCAAGAUCGGGUUGAAUUCCAAGAUGCCUUCUCGAUUCCCGCCGGUCGUAUUCUACACACCAAAGGAACUGGGUGGAUUAGGCAUGUUGUCCAUGGGACACAUCUUGAUCCCGGCAUCUGAUCUCCGAUGGUCGAAGCAGACGGACACGGGCAUCACUCACUUUAGGAGUGGAAUGAGCCACGAGGAAGAUCAGUUGAUCCCCAACUUGUAUCGAUACAUUCAACCGUGGUCAUCCGAAUUUGAGGAUUCUGCGCGAGUCUGGUCGGAAUACGCGAUGAAGAGGAAAGAAGCAAACUCUCAGAAUAGGCGACUGACCUUGGAAGAUCUGGAAGACAGUUGGGACCGAGGUAUCCCCAGAAUCAAUACCUUGUUCCAAAAGGAUCGACAUACGUUGGCCUACGACAAGGGUUGGAGAGUUCGGACGGAUUGGAAACAGUACCAACUAUUGAAGCACAAUCCGUUUUGGUGGACCAACCAAAGGCACGAUGGAAAGUUAUGGCAGUUGAACAACUAUCGAGUUGAUGUCAUCGCAGCCUUGGGUGGUGUUGAAGGCAUCCUAGAGCACACUCUGUUCAAAGGAACUUAUUUCCCCACUUGGGAGGGGCUCUUCUGGGAAAAAGCCUCUGGAUUCGAAGAGUCUAUGAAAUUCAAGAAACUUACCAACGCCCAGCGAUCUGGUUUGAACCAAAUCCCCAAUCGUCGAUUCACUCUGUGGUGGUCGCCGACUAUCAAUCGUGCAAACGUCUAUGUGGGAUUCCAAGUUCAACUCGAUCUGACUGGAAUUUUCAUGCACGGAAAGAUUCCUACCCUCAAGAUCUCUCUGAUUCAAAUUUUCAGAGCACAUUUGUGGCAAAAGAUUCACGAAUCGGUUGUCAUGGAUCUUUGCCAAGUCUUUGAUCAAGAGUUGGAAGCCCUCCAGAUUGAGACCGUGCAGAAGGAGACGAUCCAUCCACGUAAAAGUUACAAGAUGAAUAGCUCUUGUGCUGAUAUCUUGUUGUUUAGCGCUUAUAAGUGGAACAUGACGAGGCCAUCUUUGUUGACCGAUUCCAAAGACGUUUUGGAUGGAACGACUAGUCAGAAGUAUUGGCUCGAUGUGCAAUGCCGUUGGGGAGACUUCGAUUCACAUGAUAUUGAGCGAUACACUCGAUCUAAAUUCUUGGAUUAUUCUCAAGACAAUACGUCGAUCUAUCCAUCACCGACAGGUCUGAUGAUCGGGAUUGAUCUAGCCUAUAACUUGCAUUCGGCGUAUGGACAUUGGUUCCCGGGAGCUAAGCCUUUGAUCCAGCAAGCCAUGGCUAAGAUAAUGAAAGCCAACCCAGCCCUCUAUGUUUUACGAGAACGAAUCCGGAAAGGUCUUCAGCUUUACUCCUCCGAACCAACUGAGCCGUACUUGAACUCUCAGAACUAUUCGGAGCUGUUCUCUAACCAAAUCAUUUGGUUCGUCGAUGAUACCAACGUAUACCGAGUCACAAUCCACAAGACAUUCGAAGGAAAUUUGACCACCAAACCUAUCAACGGUGCCAUUUUUAUCUUCAAUCCUCGUACCGGACAGUUGUUCUUGAAAAUUAUUCAUACCUCCGUCUGGGCUGGUCAAAAACGACUGGGGCAAUUAGCGAAGUGGAAAACUGCUGAAGAAGUGGCAGCUUUGAUUCGUUCUCUACCGGUAGAAGAACAGCCAAAACAGGUUAUCGUGACUCGGAAAGGAAUGUUAGACCCUCUCGAAGUUCAUUUGCUCGAUUUCCCCAACAUCGUCAUCAAAGGUAGCGAGCUGCAGUUACCCUUCCAAUCAGCCAUGAAGCUCGAAAAGUUCGGAGAUUUGAUCCUUCGAGCAACUCAGCCACAAAUGAUUCUAGCCAAUCUGUUCGAUGAUUGGCUUAAAUCAAUCUCCUCCUAUACCGCAUUCUCUCGUUUGAUCCUACUGUUGCGGGCUUUGCACGUCAACCAAGAGAAAUCGAAGAUUAUCUUGAGGCCGAACAAGUCGACCAUCACCCAGCCGCAUCACGUUUGGCCAACUCUCUCAGAUGAAGAAUGGAUGAGAGUCGAAUUGGCUCUCCGGGACCUAAUCUUGGCUGAUUAUGCUAAGCGUAACGCCGUGAAUACGGCUUCAUUGACUAGUUCUGAAAUUCGGGAUAUCAUUUUGGGUAUGGAGAUCCAAGCUCCAUCAAUUCAGAGACAGCAGAUGGCCGAGAUCGAAAAGACCGCUGAACAAGCCAAUCAAGUGACCGCCACUCAAACCCAAACUACCAAUGUUCACGGUGAUUUGAUUCAAGUGGUGACGACUACCCAGUACGAAACACAAACAUUUUCGUCGAAGACUGACUGGCGCAUCCGAGCGAUCAGUUCGACGAACCUUCCGCUGCGAUUGCAGCAUUGUUAUGUGCAGAACGAUGAUGUGUCGGAUUCCUUGCCGACCUUCGUCCUCGCCAAGAACAUCAUGAAGUCUUUCGUGUGCGCUGCCGAUCUCAGGACGCCUAUCGCCGCGAUUCUCUACGGUCAAGCAGCGCCGGACAAUAACCGAGUGAUUGAAGUUCGAGCGGUAGCGGUGAUCCCACAACGAGCGAGUCAACGGUCGAUCGAGUUGCCAAAUGCCUUGCCCAAGCAUCCGCUCUUGGACGACAUGAAGAUUGUCGGGGUGAUCCACACCCAAGCACAAGAGUCGCAGACCUUAUCUCCAAACGAUGCAAUCUUAUUCUCCAAACUGAUGGCCCAACACUCUCAGUUGGACGGCACUAGCAUCAUGUUGACCGUCGCUUUCACCCCCGGUUCCCUCUCCCUCUCCGCUUACGUCCUCACCCCUAAAGGCUUCGAGUGGGGUAGAAACGCUGAUCCCAAUGCUCCUAACGGAUAUAACCCUGCUAGCAUGUCUGAACGUGUUCAGUUGUUGUUGAGUGAUCGUAUCUUGGGGUCUACAUUCGUACCACAAGAUGGAAUCUGGAACUACUCGGUGGGUCUUGGACCAAGGUUCCAAACGACGAUGGAAUACACAAUGACCUUGGCCGGCCAGCCGAUUCCUUUCUGGGACCCAAGUCACCGACCGAACCAUUUCAGCGCCUUCCAAAACAUCGCUGUCGAGGAGGAGCCGACUAUUGACACUGCGGAUCCGUUCGCAUGAAGAACUCUCUUUCUUCUCUCGCUCUCUCUUUUCGUUGUGAAAAAAAAUCAUUUCAUGGUCCCUCAGUCAUCCUCUUCGUUGUCGAGUCUAUCUACUACAUAUGACCCCCAAAAAAAUUCAAUCAGGCUAAGGGAUAUGGUUAUUCCUCUUUUUACAACGUGAUUCCUAUCUCCAUUAAAAGCUCAUAUACGAUCCUGUAAAACGACCUUGGUUGUUCUCUCAUCCAAGACUUAUUCCUACAUAUAUCUAUGUCUUGCUUCUAUUUUUGAUACUCUUAAAAUAUAUAUAUAUAUAUAUACAUAUAUCUUUGGAGAAGCACAAGCAAUACAUGCAUAUCAUGAUACUAUUCACAUCACCAACAAGAACACAGUACAUACUUAAGAAUCUGUCGGUUUUGUUGGAGUCUCCUUUGCUUGCUAUUGCUUCCACUAAAAAGUCCUCUCCUCUUUUUUGCUCCGCCUUGAUUAUUGUUCUUCUUUCUCUUUUUUUUGUUGAGUAAUAAGUUUCUGCGAGAUCCUCUUGGUUGAUUGGUAUUUGCAAUCAAUCACUUUUUUUAAACACAUGUUGACAAGUUGGAGGGAGGUGAAUGAGUAUAUACAUACAGUAUCAAAAUGAUAUCUCAACUCACGAA